AAUACGGUGGAUAAACUCUUCCAAAAAGCCAACGCGUCUUUGACGCUCGGGACGUCAUCGUGGAAGGAGCAGUUUAUUGAAGCUGUGACUGUAAGUGCAGGCGACGACGAUGGAGAGGGAGAAGAAACUGACGACGAUCAAAAACUGCCCUCUUGUGGUGACUAUGUCAUGCAUUUUUUCACCAUAUUUUGGAAAGUACUGUUUGCUUUCGUUCCACCUGCAGAUUACUGGGGAGGCUGGGCCUGUUUCGUAAGCAGUAUAGCAGUUAUAGGUUUAUUGACGGCCAUUGUCGGCGACUUGGCCUCUUUCUUCGGCUGCACUGUAGGUUUGCGCGACACCGUAACAGCCAUAUCGUUGGUGGCGCUAGGAACCAGUAUUCCAGACACGUUUGCCAGCAAAGUGGCAGCAAUAAACGACCGCUACGCCGACUCUUCAAUCGGGAAUGUCACCGGAAGCAACGCAGUGAACGUUUUCCUCGGGAUCGGGAUCGCUUGGUCCAUUGCAGCCGUGUACCAUGCAGUAAAGGGGGAGGAGUUUCGUGUGAAUCCAGGAAGUCUGGCAUUUUCCGUGACUUUAUUUUGCGUUUGUGCGUUCGUCGCCUGCAUUGUUCUUCUCCUUCGUCGCUCCAAGGUGGUCGGAGGGGAGUUAGGAGGUCCCAUGAAGUACAAACUACCAACUUCUAUUGGCUUAAUUUCUCUGUGGCUCUUCUACGUGCUAAUGUCGAGUUUAGAGUCCUACGGCAUCAUCCCGGGUUUCUAAACACGAAGAAAUCACCGAGGUACAAAAAUUAUAAUCGAGAAAAACAAAACGGGUGAGUGAUAUAACGGCAAGGGAAGGAAGGGUAGGUAGUUCGGCGACCAGCCUAUCUGACGCGGGUGGAAUGUUUCCGGUUUAACAAAAUGUUUUCCCCUCAUUUAGUGUCCAGAGAACCAUAAAGUUAAUGGGAAACAAAACUGUGUCGCUUACAAGUUCCGAAAAUAGAAGACAAAUUUCAUUUUCGAAUACUCAUUCGACGGAAACUUUACUUUCUGUUAUGUUUUUUUUUUUUUGGUGUCGCCCAAAACAUAGUUGCUUAUAUUUCAAAUACCUUUCAUCAAGGAAAAAAAAAAAAAAGGACCGACCAAAUCACGUCUUGAGUCAAUGUCAGUUGUAACCGGGUAAUGUUGUUUAGAUUCUUAAUAUUUAAUUUCCUAUACGUUAUUUGUGUUUUGUAUAAGAGUUGAAUGAACAAGUUGUUUUUCUGUGUUGUUCGAGUUAAUAGGCCUACGCUUAUCCGAGCCAGAUUUUCGCCCCUGUUGACUCGGUGACCAAAAUGAUACCGCUGUCAGUUAGUCUUGAAGUCAACAAAUGACUAUAUUAUUCAAACAUUGUGCACGUGUUAUGAUCAAAUUACGAGCUCACCUCUUGUUGUUGUGCUUAUAAAUUAAAACUAGUUUAUAGUCACCUGUUUUAAGUAUUCAGAGCUUCCUGUAGGUGAGAUAAGCAUCCGUUCCGUGAAAAGUGCCAUAAGAUACAAUUGCCUAAUCAAAGUCGUUUACAUGGGAAAAAAAGUUUUAUAGAAUAAUACUAUAUCUAAUGAAAAGCUGUGAGCGAGCUUCAUUAGUAAAGUGUCAUUAAUUAUACGUAGUACGAUAAUAGUUCUUACACUUCUGGACAGAUGAACGCUUCAUUAAGCGGUUUGUGUGUUCUCGGUUCUUACCGUUUUACACGUUGACAGAAGAACGCUUUAUUAGGCGGUUUUUGGAGUUUGCAUUUUUACGUUUAUCUAGCAGCGAUAUAUCUUCAUCAGGCUACAGAUUAUUUGAGCAUCUGGUCCAAGAUGCUCUACUAUGUCAUAGAGGGCACUAUUGUCUCUGAUGUGUCGAUAAUACAAAUAUUGUAUACUACUAAUCGUUUCUUAAUUUUCUUGCAAACAAAGUCAUAAAACACCGCCUACGGCUGGUAUAGAAUUAAUUAGUAAUGUAGUAAAACAUAUUUUUGAAGUCUUCUGCAGGAUAAGGUGCCUAAAAAAAGUAGCUUUUUCUUGUUAGAAAUAUAUUAUAUUUAUUUUCAUAUCGCUUUGCUUUUUAGGCUUGUGAACUGGUGUUCACUUAUUUUUAAACGCGGAGUUAGUGAAAUAAGUGUUGCCUCUAUCUAGCCUGCUAAAUGUUUUGGUACUUGGUUUUAUUUAUAUUUUAGAGCAUUUUUAAGAGUUCGUCACGGUACAUUAUGAGGCUUUUACUAAUUCUAAUUUUUAUUUCUAUAUAUUAUUAUUGAAACUCGGAGAUCUUUAAUUGCACGAGCUUGGAAACAGAGGGAGCAUGUGUGCUUCCGCUCAGGACUUGCGUAUCGUUAAGCGCGAAUCCUUUGUGCAAUUUUCAACUUUGUUGGAAAAUGGUUUAUACUCUUUUGUUAAGUAUUUAAUAGCCUUUUCUGUACCAUUGCCUGUACUUCACUAACAUGCAUGUAAAGUUGGAGAUUGGCCAGUGGAAUCUUAGUCUUCUUUGUUAUUACAUAUGUACCUAAACGUUCUAGUCCAAUGAGUGAACUCAACGUAGUUGCUAGACAAGGCAUUUUCUAGUUGUCUUUCUGACGGUUUUUUAACGUUAGUUUGUAUACAAUAAUGUAUGAAUACGGCCCUAGCAGCCUAAAAAACACAACUUUGGCCGUUCAAACUACGCGGUGGUUCCAUUAGAACAGCGAAAGAUGAGUUAUUUAAAGCAAUCUAACUCGUAGCCUUUAACAAAAGCCUCUGCUGCCAACCGACCAUCUGAUCUCAUUCUCUGGUAUUUUUCUUUUUUAAUUUCCUCACCUUAAUUGUGUCGGUUUGAAUAACCCUGUUAUAUUUUUACCCCAUACCGAAUCUAGUUGCACAAACAAAACUAUAAAACGACACUUGCGUAAAAAAUCUAUACUUACAAUUAAAAGAAAUACAACAUUAAAAUCAUUACACAAUAAAUAGUAAUUAAAAACAGGGACGAUAUCUUUGUUUGUUUGUUUUUCGAUUUCAAAUCUGUGGUCAAAUUAACAUAAAUCAACAUAUGUUAUAGACUGGAGUAACACUGAGUUGAUAAAUCAACAUAUGUUGUAGACUGGAGAUAAAUCAACAUAUGUUAUAGACUGGAAUAACACUAAGUUGACAAGUCAACAUAUGUUAUAGAUUGGAGUAACACUGAGUUGAUAAAUCAACAUAUGUUAUAGAUUGGAGUAACACUGAGUUGAUAAAUCAACAUAUGUUAUAGACUGGAGUAACACUAAGUUGAUAAAUCAACAUAUGUUAUAGACUGGAAUAACACUAAGUUGAUAAAUCAACAUAUGUUAUAGACUGGAGUAACACUGAGUUGAUAAAUCAACAUGUUAUAGACUGGAGUAACACUGAGUUGAUAAAUCAACAUGUUAUAGACUGGAGUAACACUGAGUUGAUAAAUCAACAUAUGUUAUAGACUGGAAUAACACUAAGUUGACAAGUCAACAUAUCAUGUUAUAGAGUGGAGUAACACUAAGUUGAUAAAUCAACAUAUGUUAUAGACUGGAGUAACACUAAGUUGAUAAAUCAACAUAUCAUGUUAUAGACUGGAAUAACACUAAGUUGAUAAGUCAACAUAUCAUGUUAUAGACUGGAGUAACACUAAGUUGAUAAAUUAGAAUUAAGUAUUAGAGAAACUAGUGAUAUCGUAUUAAACAAUGAAGCUGGUCCAGAUAGUGAUAUCGUAUUAAACAAUGAAGCUGGUCCAGAUAGUGAUAUCGUAUUAAACAAUGAAGCUGGUCCAGAUAGUGAUAUCGUAUUAAACAAUGAAGCUAGUCCAGAUAGUGAUAUCGUAUUAAACAAUGAAGCUGGUCCAGAUAGUGAUAUCGUAUUAAACAAUGAAGCUGGUCCAGAUAGUGAUAUCGUAUUAAACAAUGAAGCUGGUCCAGAUAGUGAUAUCGUAUUAAACAAUGAAGCUGGUCCAGAUAGUGAUAUCGUAUUAAACAAUGAAUCUGGUCCAGAUCUAGAAAUAAUAAAAAUUAAUGAACAGAUGUUUUGUAGCUCUGGGUAGUUUUAGUGUAGAUGGCGUUAUUGCUAUGUAAAUGAUUAUAUAAGUCCAGACCAAGCUUUUACCGUUAUUCCACAAGAUGGUGACACCGAAACAUAGUGCUUUUUAGGGCAAGUCGCUGUUUUUAAUAACUAUUUAUUGUGUAAUGAUUUUAACGUUGUAUUCCUUUUAAUUGUAAAUACAAAACUAUAAUAUUGAGAAGUGAGGGGGGGGGGGAGGGCUAGUGAAGGAAACACAAACCUUGUAGCUUAUAUAUACAUGCACAAUAAGCUUUUAACAUUUCAGGUUUUAGGGGUCGUGCAGAUUUUUCAUCCGGUUUUACUGAAUAAAUUAUGAGUUUUGGAAAACUCAAACUUUGAAAGAAGUAGGUGUGAAGAAACUUCGUUCAUGAUUCAUUACUUUUAAAACAUCGCGAAGUAAGUGUAAAGAAACACGGUUCACGGUCCAUUACCGGUAGAACAUCGCGAACUUGGUGUAAAUAAACACGGUUCACGGUCCAUUACCGUUAGAAUAUCGCGAACUUGGUGUAAAAAACACGGUUCACGGCCCAUUACCGUUAAAACAUCGCGAAGUAGGUGUAAAUAAACACGGUUCACGGUACAUUACCGUUAGAAUAUCGCGAACUUGGUGUAAAGAAACACGGUUCACGGUCCAUUACCGUUAGAACAUCGCGAACUUAGUGUAAAGAAACACGGUUCACGGCCCAUUACCGUUAAAACAUCGCGAAGUAGGUGUAAAUAAACACGGUUCACGGUCCAUUACCGUUAGAACAUCGCGAAGUAGGUGUAAAGAAACAUGUUCACGGUUCAUUACUGUUAAAACAUCGUGAAGAUACAUGUUUUAAAAGCUCAGUUAAUAGAGACUUUGAAGAAAUUACCGUUUUUCUCCCGCAUUUCGCUGACAUUAAGAAUCUCGUUGAAAAGACAGGUAGAAUAGUUUAUUAGUUUUUAACAAACACUAGUUUAUGACGAUCAGUACUAAGUUACAUACAGAAUUAAAAACUGCCCCUAAGAAACAGGAAGACGUUGAAAACAGAUUUCUCUACUUCAGUCGUGAAGCUAUAUUGUUCGCCUCCCCAACCCCCAUUGGCUCAGCGGUAAGUCAGUAGGUUUACGACGCUAAAAAUCGGGUCUCAAUACCUGUAUUGGGCAGAACAGAGAUAGCUCAUUGUUUAGUUUUGUGCUUAACAACAACACAAAUUAUGUUUUCUUCUUAAAACGUAUUAACAGAAAUCUACAUUGAUAAAAGUAUAAUAUAUAUAUAUAUAUAUAUGGUUGGUUGAUUGGAUUUUGUUUGGAGGGUGUCUUAAUAGUCACCUUUUAGAUGUAUUAUAAAAUUAAAAGCUUAAGAAUAAAGAAACUUGUGCAGCUGCUUCUAAAAAUUCACACGAAUAAGCUAAAUAUGGGGAAAUAUUUACGUUAACAAUACAAGAACUACAUCAUUGUAAAAACAUGAACAUGCGGACCUAGUAAGUUAACAAUACAAGAACUGCAUCAUUGAUGUUCAUGUUUUUAUAACCAUCCUAGUGAUGGUUAACGAUACAAGAAAUGUACCAUUUCUUCAGAAAUAUGAAUAAUUCAGCCUUGUGAACUCUUGCAACAAAUUGGUUAAUGUUAAAAAAUAUAAUGUAUAUUUUGCACCAUAGAGAUAUUUCUAGAAUAUUUAGUACCGAGUCACUGAUGGUAUGUUUUCUAUCGACCAUUACUAACCUAACCCAGAAGUAAUUGAACGCUAGAGGGCCUCACAAUAAUACAGUUCACGUUAUUGGCUCUCGAAACGGCUCAUUUCGUACACGGAAAAAAAUAUAUUCGAUAUUAAGAUGGGAUAACGAUCACAGACAGCUAAUGAUGAUGGCGAUCACGUGGACGCCAUAAUUCGCUGAAGGUUUGCGGAAAAAAAACAAAAAAACCAGCAACAAACUUACAUUGAAAACUAUAUAAUAGGUUGUAUAAGUAGGGAGAAUAUAUUUAUUGAUUAAGUUAGAAGCAAAACAACAACACGAUCUCUAAUAUUCGACGUAACGAGAACUUUUUUUUUAUAUAUUAGAAACAGUGCCUUUAUGACGUUGAGAUUAUUCAGAUCUUCCUUUUUUAGAUGAAUAAUUUGUAGUAAUUUUAAUGAGUUUCAUUUCCCUAACGCGUUUGAAGUUUGAUUUCGUAUCGACUUCCUUAGAGAAAAUGACAGACCACUUUUGUUCCUGUUGUAAGCGUAAUUCAUCAAAAGAUCUCGAGUAAGUUAAUAAUUGUAAACAAACUCGUGUUAUUAUUAUUAUUUUUUUUUGUUCGUAGAAAUAACGUAUCGUUAAAAUGUUGUUUAUUAUUUGUUUUAUUUACAUCUUGUACGGACGUAUUGAACUAAUUGCAAUGUUACGUGAUUAGCUUCAGGCCAGACAGUGCUCAUGUCAGCUUCAGUUCCGGAAGUGCUUGUGUCAGCUUCAGUUCCGGAAGUGCUUAUGUCAGCUUCAGUGCAGAAAGUGUUUAUGUCAGCUUCAGUUCCGGAAGUGU